UACCCUUCGUCUUCAGAAGUGCCUUGUGGCCAAGGUGCUUAAAUGUGGGGAAAACAAAAUCUGGUUGGAUCCAAACGAAGCAAAUGACAUUGCCAAUGCCAACUCUCCCAGUAAAGUUCACUCUCGUGCUAGAGUCCACACAAAUGCAGAGGCUUGUCGCAAAAGACGUCAUAUGGGACAUGGCAAGAGAAAAGGCACCGCCAAUGCCCGUAUGCCAACUAAGAUUCUGUGGAUCCGACGUAUGAGAGUUCUGCGCAGGUUGUUGAGGAAGUACAGGGAGGCUAAGAAGAUUGACAAGCAUUUACGUGAAGAGCGCAUUGCACAAAAAAAGAAAAGAGUUGUUGAAAAAAGAAUUGAAGUACCCACAAAAUAA